AUGUCUUCUGGUUUUACAGGUAAGCAAACACUAAGUGUUUCAUCAUUUGUUUCCUUUUUACCAAAUUCUGAUAUUGAAACAGCAAAACCACAUGCUGCUAGACGUUUACGAGCUCCACUUAUGGGUCGUUCAAUCAUGUCAAUAUUAAAUGAUGAUGAUUCCGAUUUAUCUAAAAAUGAUACAAAUGAUAUAUAUAGUAAUGAUGAAAAUGAAUUGAUGAAACUUAAUAAACAACGUUUACUUUUGGCAUUAUUAAAUCGACCAAGAUGGAUUGAUUCGAAAAGAAGAGGACCACUUUUUGGAUAA